AUGACUUCGGAAGUAGCCAUCGCCUUGGUUCGUCCACCCAUCGAGGCUGGCGCGAAACCUUCUGCCUCCAUGGCGGUAUUGAUGCACUCUAACAACGAGACUGUCGCCAUCUCAAACUCCAUUUCUGCUUCCUCUACCUCUCUCUCUAGCCCGGAACCCAUCGCCUUUCUCAAAGGCCACUCAAAACCCGAUACCAAUUUAAGCUCCAUCGCCAGCGCCGGUCUACACGUCUCGCGAUCUCAACCCCCUCAGAUGACAAGUCCAACGACGAUGCCGGCCGACCGGCCGGCAGAACAAGACCGGGAACCCGAAAGAAACAACACACAGGUUGCCCGCGAAGCAUUGGGGGCCAGCGAGAGGUCACCGGCCCCCUCCAUCCACGAGCCUUCGAUUCACGCAUCGCCGGAACAGAUGCAGGUCGACUCACACCCAAAUGACCCGGCGUCAGACCCUUACAAAUCAAUCGAUCAUAAUUCGAACUCUCUCAUGCAUACAUCAACCGUCGCGAGCCCAGGCCCCAUUGAAGACUCAGCCUCCCAGGAUGGCGAUCGACCGCGUCCUCGGGCGGUCUCGGAUCUGGAGCAAGAGAGCAACAAAGCUUUUUCGUAUCCUAUGCCCAGUGGCGGUCCAGGAAUGCUGGCGGCAAACAACCCACCUGUGAAUGCUCGUCGUCCAAGUCUUAGCGAUCCGCGCCGUGGACUUAGCUUGCCAGAUGCGGGCUACAACAGAGGGAGCCCGCGCUCGCCGUCCGCAAAGAAGCACCGUUGUCCCUACUGCGCCACAGAGUUCACACGACAACACAACCUCAAGAGCCAUCUGCUCACCCAUAGCCAAGAGAAACCAUUUGUCUGCCAAACCUGUCAAUCUCGCUUCCGCCGAUUACACGACUUGAAACGACACACCAAACUCCAUACAGGCGAGCGCCCUCAUAUCUGUCCAAAAUGCGGGCGUCGAUUUGCUCGAGGCGACGCGCUUGCGCGCCACAAUAAGGGUCAAGGGGGUUGUGCUGGUCGUCGAUCAAGCAUGGGUAGCUUUGCAGCAGACGACGACUACGGUGACGGCAACCCGGCAGAUGACGCAAUGAAUGGAUUGGUCUACGCCGAGCCAGAGCGAAUGGACGAGGAGGAUGAGCGACGACUCAACAUGCCGGGCAUGCGCAAGUCCGAUGUUGAUUCUCUCUCCAGAUCCGACUCUCUCCAGCCCCGCCUGCCCAGUACUUAUCCACCGAUCGCUGCUGGCCGUGCUCUCUACCCACCUCCAGGCUCGCACGGUGGAUCAGGAACAUCGACAGCGGCAACAUCACAACCUUCAAAUAUGACGUUCCCGCCCGCAGGUCAUACAUCCGGCUCGUCCAUUUUCACCCCAACAAAUGUCGGUGACAGCCCCAAGCCACUCUCCCCGAACUCCCUCUCGCACCACGACGGAAACACACAACCUCACCGCGCACACUCCCCCGGCAUGGGCCAGUCUUUGCCUCACCCUCAGUCAUCUUUCGCUCGCACAGCGCAGCCAAACCACGCCCCACCCCCCACCGGGCUUGGGCCUGCCAUUACCAACCGGAGCGCCCCAUCUUCCCCCGCCCGUUAUUAG